AUGGCUUAUGCUUCAGAUACGGUGAUGUUUCCUGGAGUUUUGAUUUUUGCAAUUCUUUUAGAAUUUCAACCGGUUCAAGGAAUCAUAACGCCUGUCAAAUUAUGGAAGGCAAAGCAUUGGCCUAAACCAAGGUCAUUUCUCAAUGGCGCAGGACCAGCAAAGAUCAGCAAAAAUGUCGUAUUUCAUUUAAAAGAGCGUCAGUCAUUUACUGAUAGGUUUGGGUGUCCUACUCCACAACCUCAAAUGAUUCCUCCUCCACAAACUCAAAAUACUCCUACUCCAAGACCUCAAACGGAUAUGCCCGGCAAUCCUAUAUUGAUACCAAAAACGGAUGAAUAUGGUUUGCCAUUUACUGACAGUAAAAGAGUUUCAAUUCUUAAAUCUUUUCGCUGGAGAAGAACAAAGAGACGUUCUCGACGAUUACGCUCGCCCAAUAGAUGUGGAUAUCCUCUUGCAAGUUUGGCAACAUCCUCAACCAUUCACCAACCUUCAUUGACAGUUGUAACGGCGAUCGCUUCAAACUCCCAACAAAGCAGAAGUACACAGCCACAGGCGUUGAUCGACACGAUGACGUAUGUGUACAUUGGGGCGGGACUGGCGACGUUGCUCCUGAUUACUGGCGCUCUCAUCUUUUUGGUAUUGUGGGCGCAAAAGAGGAAAACUCGACAUCGAGUGAAUAAUACAGAUUCCUUAUAACACGUUACUGGGUUAUAAAAUUAUCCAAUGAAUCACUCCAAAAAAUGUUAUAACUUAUAAAUUCUGGCAACGUUUAAUAUUUAUCACUAUAAUUUUUUGUCAUUUCAUUGAUUGAAACUUUCAUAUGCUGUACAUUUUGACUUAUUUUAAUAAAAAUAC